AAAUAUGCAUAUGGUUUUUGCAUACAAUUGACUUUAAUUGAAAUUAAUUGAUGUUUAAUUACCAAGUUUGCGUACUGCAUUCAAUUGAGUUGCGUGCCAGUGUUCAAUAGUUGCCUGAAUACCCCUCUCGGCGACACACAUACACACGUAUUUGGGUAGCCCAGCAUCUGCACGCAAGACGGUUUAAUUGGAUUCCACGGAGCACCACAGGACGACUUCAAGAUGUGCCUGCCCAAGCGCGUCAGCGGCGCCGCCAUACAAAGCUUGGCGACAGCCAUUGGUAAUCUAAUUUGCUUUAACUUCGGCCUCAUGUUUGGCAUCACACCGGCACAUAUGACUCUCUACGAGUCGGCGGCACAAACGCCCCUCAACACAGCCACAGAUCCGGCGGGCACCGCCUGGUUAACUAGCUAUCUCUUUCUGAGCGCCGCACUGGGCGCCGCAUUUUCCGGCUGCCUGGCAUUACGCAUCGGUCCCAAGUCCGUGCUGCUCUGCUGUGGACUACUUCAGAUUUUCGGUUGGUUCUCCAUACACUUUGGCUUCGACAUUGUGCACAUCUAUGCCUCGCGCAUAUUUGGAGGCGUGGCAGCUGGGGCGGCAUUCGUAGUGCUGCCCAUUUUUAUCAAUGAAAUAGCCGAGAGUCGGGAGAAGGCCGCCCGUUUGACCUUUACCAUUGAACUGUGGCGCACAUUGGGCAUACUAUUGGGCUUUGUGCUGGGCUUUUAUGUAUCCUACGAUUAUGUGAAUAUUGUGGGCUGCAUUUUGUCGUGUUCCUUCUCGAUGUUGUUCCCCUUCGCGCAGGAAAGCCCGCAUUACUAUUUGCACAAGGGCGAUUUGGCCAGCUUGGAGAAGUCGCUGCGCUGGUACCGCGGCAUACGUGACCUUGAUGACCGCGACCAGCCGGAGUAUCUGAACGAGCUGGCCGAGUUCAAGGCGGAAAUGAAGGGUCAGGGCAAGGGCAUUGGCUCUGCGCCCUUUUGGCACAGCUAUGUGGUGCGUUUGAUCUGUGUUAGCUUUCUGCUAACGAUUUGCGGCAAGCUGAGCGGCGUCUUUGUGGAGCUCAAUUAUGCCGCCGAUUUCCUGGGCCGCACCGGCUACUCCACGGAGCUGAACUAUGUGCUGCUCGCCGCGGCGCAGUGCGUCGGCGCCCUUUUCGCCCGCCUCAUCGGUCCGCAGCUGCCGCGCAAGCUGCUGCUUUGCCUCUCCUCGCUGCUCGCCGCCGUUCCAGUCAUCACUUUGGCCCUGUUCAAGCAAUUUGGCUACAGCUGGUCUCUGGGCAUCUGGUGUGAGCGUUAUCUGCCCAUCGCUCUGCUCGCCGCUCAGCUCUUCUUCGUCAGCUUUGGCCUCUAUCCCCUGGCCGCUGUCGUCAGCAGCGAAGUGCUGCCCACAAAGCUACAUGACCUGCUCUAUUCGUUGGCCUCGGGCGUCUCCUGGCUGCUGCUCUUCGGCAUGAUUGAGGCUUUCAAUGCGGUCAAGACAACACUGGGUCCCGGUCUGGUGCUGUAUCUGUGGGUCUUUGCAGGCGCUUCGAUAUUUGUGGGCCUCAUUUCGCUGCCCUUGCUGCCGGAGACACGCAACCGUCGUCCGUCGGCCGUGCAACGUGAAAUGGGCUAUGUGAGGCAGGAGGGCGUUGCCAAGGUGGCCAGCGCAAUUAAUGGCCACAUCUCGACGCACAUCUGAACAAUCAAAGCCAACUGCAAUUAGUGUGUAAGCUUUCGGUACAUAAUAUAAGUAAAGCACAAAUUAAUUUAAAUGAGCUAAAA